UGGAAACUCCAGUCGGGCUCUGCUCUCUACGGACCUGCAGGCGCUGCCUCCAGUUCCUUAAAGCUCGAGGAGGCCGGGAGGAGGAGGAGGAAGAGAAAGCUGGAGGCGGGGAGGACAAGAGGGAAGGAGGGAGAAGGGGGAGAGCUGCUGCUCUUGGAUCAAGAAGAGGCAGUGGCGACAGUAGACAAGAGGACUUGGGUGUUAGGGCUUUUUUUUGGGGGGGGGAGUUUUUUUCCCUCCCCAGCGGUCACUAGGGGGGCUUGCCAUUGAUGGCACUGCGCAGUGGGACAGGUUGGUUUGGCCAGGUCUUGCGCAGAGUGUCCGGGCUCCCCGGCACCUGGUCCCGGCGCUCCAGCAGCCUCCUGUGCCUCUCUUCCUCGCAGGAGCCUGAGGCUCGGCCGCGCCAGCAGCAGGAGCAGCAGCAGCAGGAGCAGCAGCAGCAGCCGCCGCAGCAGCAGCCGCCACCCCGGCGGCGGCGGCAUCAGCAGUUACCGCAGCUCCAGCUCCAGCCCUAUCCCCUCCACCUCCACCACCCGCGCCGUAGCAGCGGCGGCAGCAGCAGCAGCAGUAGCAGCGUCGGCGGAGGCUACCUCCCCUACCCCCCGCCCCUUGGGCAGCCGCCCCACUGCUGCUUACAACUUCCCAGUGGAGGAGGAGGUGGAGGAGGUGGAGGAGGAGGAGGAGGAGGAGGGGGAGGACGGAGAGGAGGAGGAGGCGGCGGCAGGAGAGCAGGAGGCGGUGGCUGCUGCGCGCUGCAGUCGGACCGCCGGGCGGCCGGGGGACAUGCACCCCGUGCCGGCCCCUUGCUGGCGGCCAUGAAGCGGCAGAACGUGCGGACCCUGUCCCUCAUCAUCUGCACCUUCACUUACCUCCUGGUGGGCGCCGCUGUCUUCGACGCCCUGGAGUCCGACCACGAGAUGCGCGAGGAGGAGAAACUCAAAGCCGAGGAGAUUCGGAUUAAGGGAAAGUACAACAUCACUAGCGAGGACUACCUCCAGCUGGAGCUGGUCAUCAUGCAGUCAGAGCCCCACCGCGCCGGGGUCCAGUGGAAAUUCGCCGGAUCCUUCUACUUCGCGAUCACGGUGAUCACCACGAUAGGUUAUGGCCACGCAGCCCCUGGUACGGAUGCAGGCAAAGCCUUCUGCAUGUUCUACGCCGUGCUGGGCAUUCCACUGACCCUGGUCAUGUUCCAGAGCCUGGGGGAGCGGAUGAACACCUUUGUUAAAUACUUGCUGAAGAGGAUUAAGAAGUGCUGCGGCAUGCGGAGCACUGAGGUGUCCAUGGAGAACAUGGUCACCGUAGGCUUCUUCUCCUGUAUGGGGACCCUGUGCAUCGGGGCCGCGGCUUUCUCCCAGUAUGAGGAGUGGAGUUUCUUCCACGCUUAUUACUACUGUUUCAUUACCUUGACUACCAUAGGGUUCGGGGACUACGUGGCCCUGCAGACCAAGGGCGCCCUCCAGAAGAAGCCGCUCUAUGUGGCCUUCAGUUUCAUGUACAUCCUGGUGGGGUUAACAGUCAUCGGGGCCUUCCUCAACCUGGUUGUCCUCAGGUUCUUGACCAUGAACAGCGAGGACGAGCGCCGAGACGCUGAGGAGCGGGCCUCGCUGGCGGGCAAUCGCAACAGCAUGGUCCUCCACAUUCAGGAGGAGGCCCAACACGGCCGGCCGCGGUACAAGGCCGAGGUCACGGACCUCCAAUCCGUCUGUUCAUGCAUGUGCUACCGAUCCCAGGAGUAUACCAGCCGGAUGGUGUCCCACCAAAAUUCCUUCAGCACCAAGCUGAACCCACAGUACUUUCACUCCAUCUCAUACAAGAUUGAAGAAAUUUCUCCAAGCACAUUAAAAAACAGCCUUUUCCCAUCCCCUGUUAGCUCCAUCUCCCCUGGCCUACACAGCUUUACUGAUAACUACAGGCUGAUGAGACGGCGGAAGUCCAUUUAGGAUUUUUUUAAGAAAGAAAAAAAAGUCAUUUGUCUUCUCUGGCUUUACCUUCCAUUGGUCCAUCUCUUUUGCCCUCUCUCUUUUUUUUUUUGUCCUGUUCGUUGUUUCCUUUCCUGUUCCUUUGUUCUUACUACCCUUUUUUCCUAACCUCCCAAGAGAGAUGGAGUAAGGCCAAAGGGGGAAGAAAUAGCCAGCCCUCCACUGAGACUCAGAACUGCGCAUGAAGCAUGAACCCUUCCCAGCAAAGUUUGCCUUACAUUUCUGCUCCCUCCCUCACCCCCCACCCCUUUA